AUGAUCUGGUUAUCAGAAAGACAAAAAUUCGGAGUUGGGUUCACAGCUGGAGGAAUCUUCUUUUUCUUCUUUGGAAUAAUAACAUUUUUCGAUUCAGGAUUCCUUGCUCUUGGUAAUAUACUUUUCAUCCUUGGGCUUAUCCUCAUCAUUGGUCCACAGCGUACCAUAUCAUUCUUCACCCGUCCCACCAAAAUCAGAGGCACGAUCUGUUUCGUAUUGGGAAUAUUGCUAAUCUUGGUAAAACAUCCAUUUGUGGGAUUCGUGUUGGAAAGUUUUGGGAUCUUGGGCUUGUUUGGAGAUUUCUUUGGCACCAUCGUUCAAUUCUUGAGAUCGAUUCCAUACAUUGGUGAUGUAUUGAGCCAUCCUUUAAUAGCUCCAACUAUAGAUCGUUUGGCUGGUAUUACUGAUGUAUUGCCAGUGUAA